CUCAGGGGGCCGAGCAAUCGGCCACCCAUCCGACCUCGUCUCAAAUACGGUCUCACACAUCCGGAUUGACAGUCAAAACCGUUAUCUAGGCCUUUGACCACCCGACCCUCGCCAUUUCUCCCAUAAAACGUGUUUUUCUCACCGACGGCCCGUAUGAUCACUAUCUCAAGAUGCUCGCGCGCCAUCACUCUUGGGCCACGACCACCUCAAAGCAUUUCAACAUGCACUCGGACAGCACAAUAAGAGUGGCCAUGGUGGCAGGUUUGAGAACAAGUCUUGUUCUUUUCCGCGGUCUUCAUGCUCUACCAGCACACGACUUAGCACAAGCCGGACUUCUCGAGCCACAACCACCAAAAGCCUCACGUCCAGCUCCCGCAAACUCCAAGAUGGGCAACUGUUUUUCCCAAGAGGAGAAGCACAGGCCUCAGCAGAAUGGUUAUGCCCCAGUUCCCGCACCGGCGAUAAACAACGGCGGUCAUAGCCAACACCCCGGCUAUAAGAUCGACCCGCGCGAGCAGCGCGAGCAGCGCCAGCAGCAAUAUCCACAAUCACAACCACAAUACCCGCAGCCCCAACAACACCAACAGCCCCGGCCAUAUCAACGGGCCCAGCAAUACCCACAACACCCUAUCGCCUCCACCUCCGCCACCAACGCCCGCCCAACCGGCAGGCGUCGCGCCAGCCAACAACCGCAGUCCAAACCCAGCAACAAAAAGAUCCUCAACGAGUACCGCAUCCAGGUGACCUGCUCGGACUGCACAGAGCGGAGUCAAGACUGUCUCAUCACCAACGACCUGAACAUGAACAAGAUCGACCUGCGACGGCGAUUCGCCUACCGCGACCCGGCCAACGCGGGCGACGCGCAGCUGUGGACGGUCUCGAUCGACUUCUGCAGCAACGAGGCCAAGUAUUCGACGAAGCGCGCCAACGCCGAGCGGGUGAUCGAACGGUUCUGUGGCGGGUCGGAUCGUGCGUAUGAUGAUGUGGGCAUGGGGAGCACGUACGGGGCUAUGGGGUUGAGGAGCCACGGUUGGGGCGCCAGCCGCGCGAAGGCGGCGCCUUAUACCGGGCCGUUUGAGGUGGAUGCGUUGUUGGACGCGCUGGAUGAGGCGAAAGUGACGUAUACGAGCGAUGUUUGAAGUGGGUGGGGAGGAGUUGGUGUAAUGGGGGGGUUGGUUGUACGAUGAGGGUGUUUUUGGAAUACUUCAAUGGUUUCCGUGGGAGGCAAACUGCGUACCCAAGCAUAUGGUUGGGGCGUUACGGCGUGACCGGGAUUGAGCAUAUCUCAGGGUGCCGUUGAACGGCUUGAGCUUGGGUCUGCUUUGGAUCGUUGAUACCCACUAGAGCAGUUGGAAAACGUUAAUAACAACUGCAGUCAUGCUCUUUCAAGUUAGAUACCUCACUAUCCCAAAUCGUGCCUUCGUGUCCC